AAUAACCCCUCAAACCCCCACCAAUCUCACAGAAUCAACAAAAAUGAAGCUUACCCCUAACCUCAGCAUCCCCCUCUCCACCCUCCUCCUCCUUAUUCUCCUCCCCACCCCCACCCACACCACAGACUGCACCGAAGCCGAAAUCUCCCAAUGGUCCACCUCAAGUUGCACCUGCCACGACCCAAACACAUUCACAACCUGCCCCCACACCUGCCCCCUCGGCCCAUCCAGCGCACAAUGCGCCCCCAACCCCAACACCCCCCUCCAACAAUGUCACGUCGGCUGCACAGACGCCAACAAAGACUGCUCCACCUGCGCCCUCUACUUCGGCGGAAUGUGCCGGUGCAUCAGCUCCCAAAACUGCUUCCACGACGCCUCCACAGACCCCUGGACACUCCUCCACGACCACAAGCUCAUCACCACCUCGCACCACACACCAGGCAUUCUCAACCUCCACGGCGAUAACAGGGGCUGGGAACUAGGCCAGAUUGUUUUCGCCACGGGCACGGUGUCGAGCCGCGCGGAUGGGGCACUCGCCAUGAAUUCAGUGCAUUCGCGCUCCGAGGAGCAGGUGCAUGUCCAUGUUUGUGAUCGGCCGGUUAGUGUGUUCAGGACGUAUUUGAAUGGGAUUGCUUCGCCGGCUGCGUAUGCGCAGGGCUUGACGCCGAUGGAUUUUGAUCAGUUGGGGUUCCAGAAGCAUAGUGUGCUUUGUCGCGCGGAGAAGGCGGGGUCGUUGGAUGUUGCCGAUGUGAUUGAGUCUUAUCUCAAUGGGUUGUCGUCUGCGGCGCCGUGUGCUUGGUAUUAUGCUGGCGCGGGUCUGAUUAGCGAUCAGAAGGGGUAUACGUGGGGGUGUGUUACCACAACGGGGUCGGCUGAGUUUCUGUUCUGUAUGAAUUAGUUUGCUCGUGUGGGAUGGAAACGAUUGUUAGCCGUAUUGUUAGCCACGUGGGUAGGUUUGAGUGAAUGAGUGUAUGUGUGGUAUGGAAAGCAUGUAUACGCCACAUGAGUCUAUCUUAAAAAGCAACCAUUAAAUAAC